CACACCUGCUGCGUACCUGCUUUUUCAUUCCUUCUGUUGUGUAUUGCUUAAAUUCUAACAUAACAUAAAUGUGAGUAGGCCUACCACACAUUUUCUUUCCAUGUAGGACCUUUUCACACGGAACACAUAAAAUAGCCUACAUAACGUUCCUGGUUAACCUCUGUUGAGAUUGUUACAUUACGAGGAGUAUUUGAACCCAGCACGAGAUCUCAGCAACUGUCAUGGCGUCUCCCUUGAAGGGGGUUUGGUACUGGAGAAAGUAGCCGCUGUCAUUUAUCCAUUUUCUCCUGUGUGCGGAGCAGCUGACGCCGACUGAAGAGGCUUUUUAGGAGCGGAUAGUUACCAUGGGGACUGUCCAUGCUAAGAGUCUGGAUCCUCUCCCGAUGCAUGGCCGGGACUUGGGCGUCAACCCGGAUGACUUCAUGGAGCCUCCAGAACCGGAGCAGGAGUCUAAGCAGGAGAUCCUCGAAAACAAAGAUGUGGUGGUCCAACAUGUUAACAUCCAGGGUCUUGGAAGAACCAAAGAGGAUCUGCUCGGCUAUGAGAUCUCUGAGGUUUUCAACGCCAAAAACCUCAUUGAUGUGAUGAAGAAGUCUCACAUCGCCCGACAGAGGCUUCUCCGCCUGGGAGUCUUCAAAGAGGUGGAGGUCCUUAUCGAUACGUCUGAAGGUUCCGAUGCUCUGCCCAACGGUUUGGAUGUAACUUUUGAGGUGACAGAGGUAAAGAGGCUGACAGGAAGCUACAACACCAUGGUUGGCAACAAUGAAGGAAGCAUGGUGCUGGGUCUGAAGUUGCCCAACGUGUUCGGUCGAGCUGAGAAACUCACCUUCCAGUUCUCCUACGGGACCAAGGAGACGUCCUAUGGCCUGUCCUUCUUCAAGCCCCAGCCCGGACACUUUGAACGCAACCUCACACUCAACAUGUACAAAGUCACCGGUCAGUUCCCCUGGAGCUCCUUGAAAGAGACUGACCGAGGCGUAUCUGCAGAAUUAAAUUUUCCUCUCGGGAUGACCAACCACACGUUGAAGUGGGAGGGUGUGUGGAGGGAGCUGGGCUGCCUGGCACGCAGUGCGUCCUUCGCCGUGCGAGAGGAGAGCGGACACUCCCUGAAAUCUGCCCUCUCGCACACUCUGUCCAUCGAUUCGAGGAAUUCUGCCAUUUUCCCCAGCAGGGGUGCCUUAUUCCGGCUCAACCAGGAACUGGCUGGCUACACAGGAGGAGACGCCAGCUUCUUGAAAGAGGACUUUGAGCUGCAGCUCAACAGGCGGCUCUUCUGGGACUCAGUCUUGUCUGCUUCUCUGUGGGGUGGGAUGCUUUGUCCAAUCGGAGGACAGCCGUCCUGCAUCGCCGACAGGUUCUACCUCGGAGGUCCCACCAGUGUUCGAGGGUUUGGGAUGUACAGCAUCGGACCACAGAGCGAAGGUGACUACCUGGGUGGAGAGGCGUACUGGGCCGGGGGUCUGCACCUCUACACCCCACUGCCCUUCAGACCGGGCAAGGGUGGCUUCGGAGACCUUUUCAGGACGCACUUCUUCCUCAACGCCGGCAACCUCUGCAACCUCAACUACGGCGAAGGUCCACGGGCACACCUUCAGAAGCUAGCCGAGUGCAUUCGCUGGUCGUACGGAGCCGGCAUCGUGCUGCGGCUCGGCAACAUUGCCAGACUGGAGCUCAACUACUGUGUGCCCAUGGGAGUUCAGAGUGGAGACAGGAUAUGUGACGGUGUCCAGUUCGGAGCAGGAAUCCGCUUCCUGUGACCUAAUGGCUUCCAAAAUGAAGAAUGUCUUGUCGUUUGUCACCUGUAACUUGUUGUGAAGUGUGCAACACUAGCAUGGGCCCUAUGUCCCGGGGAAACCCCCCCCCUCCUUUGAUAUGUCACGGCUUUUGAACAACAAAGUGCCAGCGCUGAGCCAUAAAACUACUGGAACGUUUUUACAGUACAAACAGAACGGGCUCGAGUCGAAAGCAACCAGAUAUAAGAUUCCUUUAGCAGCAGAUAGUAUACGGUGAAUCCAAUCACGGGGAGUCUUCUCCCAACAGCAUGCCAGGGCUUAUUCUCUUCAACAGACUAUCGAGUUAUGGGUUUGUUGUUGACUUUUAAGCCUGCUGUUGCUCUUUCUUUGGUUUGAAUUCUCCAGCGCUGGCACCUUGUCCGUGGUAAAGUCAUCAACCAGUGAUUUCGCCCCACUGUGUUUCCUGUGGUGACACAAAGUCAAUUAUUCUCCUGAAUGUUUUAAGAGAUUCUCAGGGCACGUUCCCUGUUUGCCUUUCCAGGAUUGCAUCUCGUCCAGGAGCACGACUUGUUAAGUAAUCUUUGUUUUUGACGGUCAGUUGAACACCACACGCUCUUCUGACCGGAUGGGUUCUGUUGAGUUGUACUGUGUGAUUGAACGGCCGCGGUAGCAGCGAGGGGAAUUAACCGAAAACACAACCGGCGCUUCUGUAAUUAAAGCAGCAGCGUUGGAAGGGAAUCGACCCCCUCGUGCCAAAGCAGUUUGUUCGACCCUUGUUUGUCGGAUGUGAAAAAUGCCGGGUUGAUUUCUCAAGGUGGGAAACCUCCCCCCCGCCCCAACCCCCCACCUGAGCAACAUCCACCACCAGUGCUCUUACCGUUAGUCCUCUUUUUGAUGUUAUUCACAAAAUAAAUCACUGCUGCUCCCCUGG